AUGAGGCUCUUCCUCCUCUCCGCUCUCCUCGCCAUGCUGGCAGCUUCCACCAACGCGAUACCUCUAGAACGACAGCAGGUGCCCAUGCCAGCGAAGCUAGAACACGUCCUCGAGCAGCCCAAGAUCUCCCCCGACGAAUUCAGCAGACCGCUCGUGGUGAAGAACCCUAGCCUCGAGGAGUUCAAGGCCAAGGUGCUGGCGGCAACGGCGGCAAACAGGCCCGUGUCACAACCGCUCAUCCCGGGGAGGAAAACGUCUUCGUGGAUCAGGGUGCAGGCGAUCAAGGACGAGCUCGCGAGGAAGAUGAGAGAGGACCCCAAGGCGUGCUUCUGCGCCGGCGGCUCGAUCUGCUGCCACGGCGCGGAGGGGAUGAACUGCAACUUUGGCGUGUGCGGUCUUGGAUCAUGA